AUUUUUUCGCAAAAAAAUAUUUUCGAAAAAUUCAGUACUUUUCUAUCACGACAUCCAGCUUUGCAAUUCCGAUAAGCAUCCCGGAAUCAGAAUAUUCGCAUUAUGAAUAUGUUCAACAGAAAAGCGAAGCAAGAAGUAACAAAAAAACCAGAAGCAAGCAAUGGUUCAAAAAAUUCAAAAUCAACAUUUGUUAAUUCCAAAUCACCAAAUCAGAAGCGACGCGAGGUAAAGAAGAGCGACUCGGACACUGAAAGCUCACACAAAAAUACUAGACGAACGAAACCGGUACCAGUGCCGGCGGCGUCAUCGAACAGCAAGGGCUCGAACGAGAAACAUAAACGAAAAUCCGUGCAACAAGUUGUGAAAAAGGUUGUCAACCACAUUCCGUUCUCGCCAUCAAAACAGCCAAAGUCCACGUCUACUCCACCAGUUUCAGAAGGAAACAGGAAAAGGCUGGCAAUGGCUGAUGUGAGUAUCAACCAACUCGAGAGUGAAAUGGACUCGUUUGUCAAGAAAAUCGAGCCGAAUGAACGCCGAGCCACUCAAUACAUCCACUCCAACUCACUGAGCAGAAGCAAUGAAGCAGUUCCACCUGGUAAUGUGAAGACGUCGCAACAAAAAGCUGAUCAUCAUCUCAUCAGAACUACCAGAUCCUUGAUUGGACUCGAUGGAGAGACAGAAGCUGUGUACUCGAAGGCAACCAAAGCAUCCCCAGACAAGGGAAAAUUGACAGCGGAUUCGCCGAGCUCACGACGGACAUCCAAGUCACUCGAGGAGAACUCUUCAGAGACGACGAACGACUCAAUCUCGCUUGCCGAUGAUGAGGAAACACGGGAAGCCUAUCGAAAGCUCUUCAAGGAUUUUGCCAUGUCGAGUCAGAAAAUGACUCUUGACGACUUCAAGCAAGAGUUCAGCAAUCUGCCAGGCGAUCCGCCAUCGGAUCUGUGCACGGUCUUCAACCAUCCGGUGAAUAAUAAGAAGAAUCGGUACUCAAACAUACCGUGUCUUGACAUCUCUCGGGUUCAACUCAAGUUCAAGAUGCCCAACAAGAACUCCACCGACUACAUUCAUGCCAACUACAUCAGAAGUCCAUUCCUGAAGCGUGGCUACAUCCUUACACAAGGACCCAAAAAGGAAACGCGGGCUGACUUUUGGAGAAUGAUUUGGCAGGAGAACACGACGGCGAUUGUGAUGCUCUGUCAAUUCCUCGAGACGAAUCGUGAGAAGUGCGCCGAGUACUUCCCGAGAAAUGCACAUUGUUGCCUGCAAUUCGACAAGUUUAGUGUAAACUACGAGGAUUCAACGGUGAACAAGUCUCUGGUGACGACUCGCCUCAACUUGAGCUAUGAGGGCGAGACGCGAUUGAUCACUCACUGGCUAUGGAAGGAAUGGCCCGACUGGCAAGUGCCUGAAUCCUCAGAGGUCAUGCUGAAGAUCUUGAGAAAGAUCAGAGCGAGAAGUACACCUCCAGUUAUUCAUUGUUCGGCGGGAGUUGGCCGUUCGGGAACGCUGAUGGCUGUUGAGAUUGCAUUGCAAUCGAUUCAUACUCACUUCACGCUGCCGGAUAUCAAGCAGAUUGUGAGCCACCUGCGCGUGACUGGGCGAGCGGCGUCGGUGCAGACUCUCCAGCAGUACAUGCUCAUUUGGAAGGUGCUCCUGGAUUUUGGAGUUGCCUACAAGCAAAUAACGGAGGAGCUCGCUGAGAAGUUCAACUCUACGUAUCGUCGAUCGUUAAGAAGUAUUAAUGGAACUUGAUCUAUGUAAAGUUUCGUAUUUCCCAUAAAGUAUUAAUAGGCAUUUU